UCUAGUCAUCAAGUUUUUGGCGAUCGUCAAAUCCUUAAAUCCGGUACAUGCCCCUUUACUCUUGUCCAAAGUCCAAAGUAGACUUGGCCCCCAUAGUUCAGCUUGAUCAUGGUGGGUAGGUAAUGCUAUUCAACUCAGUCCGCUAGUAGUUCUGAAGAAAAAAAUCCCACUCAGGAGAACUUCAAAAACCCUAACAUAUUAAAUUCACCCCAACCCAUCUUAGUCUCACACUCUCUCUGCACAAGAUAGCUAGCCACUUCUGGCCAAAGUUAGAAGUUUCCCCACUCCCUACCACCACCACUCCCCACCACCACCACCACCAUAUCUGCAACAUUAAAUUAUCUUCCACUAUUUCUUUUCCCUACCCUCUCUCUGAAAUCAUAUUUUUUUUCUCUUUUUGAUACUUCAAGGCUAGGAAGAUCAAGAACUUCAAAGAAUGUCAAUGAAUAGAGUUUCAAGUAUAUCCGAUCUGAUUCACAGGGUUGCAACAUCUUGUUUACAGGACCCACUUACCGAUACUCACCAUUAUCAUCAUCAGAGUGUUGGAUCCUCACAGAACUCAUCAUCUAAUCCAACAGAAUACGAAGAAAUACAAAGUGAAAACGAAGAAGAUGAAAAAGAAAAUGGGGUUUUGGGAAAUGAGAAACAGAAGAAGAAGAAAAAUGGGUUGGAGAAAGAAAGCAGAGAAAUUGAAGAACUAAUGGGUGAAGUAUUUGAGUCGAUUUCAGUCAUGAAGAAAGCUUAUGUUAAAUUACAACAAGCACAUUCUCCAUGGGAUCAGGAGAAAAUGAGUGUAGCUGAUAUAGCAGUUGUAUCUGAGCUUAGAAAACUUGGGAUGUUGAAAGAAAGAUUUAGAAGAAGAAAUAGAAGCAAUGGAGGAGGAGAACAAGAAACUGGAAGUGGAAGAAGAGGAUUUGUACCUUUAAGAGAAGUUGUUGCUCCUUAUGAAGCAGCCAUGGAUGAAUUGAAGAAACAAGUUAAAGCCAAAGAUAUUGAAAUUGGGAAUCUGGAACAAAAACUUCAAAAUGCCAUUACUACAAUUAACAGUACUAAUGGCAGUAACGGGAAGAGAGGAAAGUUUCAUUCUAGGAGGAGAGUUAGCAAUUGCAGUCUUGGUCAUGUUGCAGGGGUUGCACCGGGGGCAGAGCAAUUUGAAUCAACGACGAGUCAAAUGAAAGAAGCUUCGAAAUCCUUUACAACACUGCUUCUGUCACUCAUGCGUUCAGCUGGAUGGGAUAUGGAUGCAGCUGUAAGAUCAAUUGAAUCUGCUAGUCCUACUACCACCACCAUUGACAAAGGCAACAACAUGGCCUCAGUAAAUGGUCCUCAACACGCAAAAUACGCGUUAGAAUCAUAUAUUAGCCAGAAGAUGUUUCAUGGGUUUGAUCACGAAACGUUUUACAUUGACGGAAGCUUGUCGUCUUUGUUGAAUCCAGACCAAUUCCGAAAAGAUUGUUUUACUCAGUUUCAAGAUAUGAAGUCCAUGGAACCAACAGAACUGUUGGGUAUAUUACCAACUUGUACAUUUGGUAAGUUUUGCACUAAGAAAUUUCUUUCCAUUGUUCAUCCGAAAAUGGAAGAAUCGUUGUUCGGAAAUUUGGAACAUCAUGAAUUGGUUUCGGCUGGAAAUCAUCCGAGGAGUCAGUUUUACGGCGACUUCUUGAAAUUAGCUAAAUCUGUUUGGUUACUUCAUUUACUUGCAUUUUCACUUGAUCCUCCACCGUGCCAUUUCCAAGCCUCAAAAGGAGCCGAGUUUCGGAAAGAAUAUAUGGAGAGUGUUGUUAGAUUUUCUAGUAGAAGAAUGCCUGUAGGUCUGACUGUUGGGUUUCCAGUCAGUCCAGGGUUUAAACUUGGUAAUGGUUCUGUAAUCAAAGCUAGGGUUUAUCUUGUUUCUAGAACAUGAUCCAAAUUGUCCUUGCGAUGCAUGUUUCACUGUACUUUAGACAUCAUGCUUGUGCAUUUACUUGGUGCUGCUAGAGAUGAAAUGAAUGCCGUUGUAGUGUAAAUCUUUUCUCCAUUUCAUGGAUUUGCAUUGAUUAGAAUUUCCUAUAGUAAGACUAAUAUUUGGUAAA